GCAAACAGUUUGAAAACAACUAAAGUCAAAUGUCUUUUUCCUUAACAAUCAAAUGUCUAACCAAAUAAUCGCUKUUCCUUGCCGAGCAUGCAAGAAAAAUAUAACUACCAGAAAUUGUCUUCAAGCAAUUCGCAGUCAUUUUCACGAAGAUUGUUUCAGAUGUCAAAUUUGCGAGGAAAAGCUACCUCUUUCGCUGUAUUACUCUUGUGGCAGCGAGCUGUUAUGUCGAAAAGACUAUCUUUUAAAGUAUGCCUCAGUUUGCCAUCAUUGUGGCUCAAAGAUAACGGGACCAGUAAUGGUUAUUGGAGACCACAAAUUUCAUACAGAAUGCUUUUCCUGUAAUCUUUGCAAACGAUACUUGACUGAUGAGGAUGAUUAUGUCAUGGUGGAAAGACAUAGAUUAUUAUGUGGUGGAUGCUACAAGAAGGACAUGCAGGAAGCAUGCAAUCAGUUCGAUGUGAGCUCUUGGCAUACAGUUCAUCAUCUUCACUUAGUACCAGACAAUUCCAAACAAAGACGAAUUGGUCUUAAUGUUGAGGUUGGACCUCUCUCAUCAAGAAAGACUUCUGUUGAUACUGGAAAUAGCAGYAUCUUCAUCAAACAGUUUGAGGCAGGAUCCAAACUAGUUGAUCCUAARGCAUUGCAGGAAGGUGACAAAGUCUUGGAGCUGAAUGGCAUCCAAGUSACAAAUGACAGUGUUGARAGAGUAAGCUCAGUCACCRUUAUAUUUUAUUAUUUUUUUUYAUCCAUUGUACGUUCAACUCUUUUAAGUAAGCCAGAUGAAGUUUAUCAGAUUACUCUAGAAAGAACACCGAAAGCCAAGCCAAUGCACAAAACAACUUGUACUAUCAAUAUCAAGSCCUSUUCCUCACCAAACUCACUAAAACCUAUAAAAAAACAAGAUAGUUUUGAUGAUGAGGAGGAUGAAAAGGCUMAACAGAGAGCAAAAUCAAUAUCCUUCUUCUCUAAAAAGACAUUUUUGAGAUCGGGAUCUACCGCUGCAGYAGGGAGGAAAUUAUCUGAUAGCAGACAACCUCAUAUUUYRCAUCAACAUUCAAUUCCUGUUACAAAAGAAGAAUUGUCAAAUGACGAAAUGAAGUURYUGAGAGAAAAAGCUAUGUCAAUGCCYAGAAGUAAUUCAUUAUCUGACGUCCCAAAAAUAAGGUCACCUCUAUUUAGAGUUCAGUCUUUUAAGMAUGACCAUGCCAAUAACAGGGUGUUUCGUACUAAAGAUCUCCUCAUCGGUGAAGAAAUUGGAAGAGGUUUCUUUGGACAAGUUUUAAAAGUUACUCAUAAACAAACAGGAGAAGUGAUGGUCAUGAAAGAGCUCCUUAAUUUUAAUAAGGAUGAAACAGAUAACUUUCUCAAGGAGGUUUCACUAUUGAAGAGUCUACAUCAUCCCCAUGUCUUACGAUUUAUUGGCAUUUUAUACAAGGGACAAAUCCUUAAUCUUAUUACAGAAUACAUCUCAGGUGGAACCUUACGCAAGGUUCUAGAUGAUAAGAUAAAACCRUUAUCCUGGACACAAAARGUGAAAUUCUGUCGUGACAUAGCCGAGGGAAUGGCAUAUCUUCACGAGAUGUGUGUCAUGCAUAGAGAUUUGAAUUCCAAUAACUGUUUAGUUCGAGAUGAUGAGGGAAUGUCAGUUGUAGUUGCUGACUUUGGUCUAGCAAGGAUCACWGAAGAAGCGCCACCAUAUUCACCUAAGUCUCCCAAAUCACCUGAUAGGCCACCGGGACCAAGAAAAAGAUAUACAGUCGUCGGGACACCUUAUUGGAUGGCACCUGAAAUGAUGAAAGGUCAAAUCUACGAUGAGCGAGURGAUGUGUUUUCAUAUGGUAUUGUAAUGUGCGAGAUAAUUGGAAGAGUGUCAGCCGAUCCAGAUUACCUSCCCAGAAAAAGUGAUUUUGGGCUCGAUGAGCAAAGCUUUCGUAAAACGUUCUGUGCUGGCUGUCCUGAAGUGUUAUAUCGAGCGGCCUUUAAAUGCUGUUCUUUARAUCCUGAUAACAGACCGUCAUUUCAAACUAUUGAGACUUGGAUGGACGCCAUUAUGCUACAUCUGGAAGUUAACUUACCUCUCCCCUCUGAUGUACAGUUUUCGUUAUUACCGAAUUCUCUAGGAAAAACAUCCGAAUAGACUCCACAAGCAUGCGCAUCCAAACGUAUCACUUCACAAMGACGYUGACACGUGUGAACUGACKUUUCCGUACAUAGCGCAGUAGUAAACGUUACGAUAUUGUUACGUAUCCAGCAUAAUUGGGCGCAUCKUUCUGGCGCCKUYUUUGCRGGUAAACUUUGAUCCGCCAAAUGUUUCAUUCAUCUCAUAAUGAAGCUUAACAUAAAAUUGUGUGUCCGAAUUUUCACCGGUGUUUACAAUUGAUCAGUUCACAUUUCCAUUGUUAAGUACUUUCAACACUUAUARAUGUAACUAGAAAUCCUCGCCAUUGACGAUUUCUUGGAAUUUUUAGUUUUAAAAGCGAAUUGUAGACUUAAAAAAUAUCAUCCUAUGCGAAAUUCUUACAUCGUGUAAAUAACAUUCAACUACUUUCAUGAAACACUACGCAUUCAUUUUGUAAAUGAAAAUURAUGAUUGUUCAUACAAAUUGCAAUUCACAAUAUAUUUAAAUCAAUAAAGAGUACUGAAUGAGUGAAA